CGGCGCUGGCCGGAGAUCUGUGUCCCGGUGCAGCAGCGUCGUUAUAAAUACAGCCAGGAGGACAUGGGCUAGUUGAGCAAUAAGAAAACAAGUGCACAUGUGUGCGUGACACUGGUGCCGUGUUGGUUAAUAACGCGAAGGAGGACCUGUGGUGUUCGCCUUUUUUGUUCCAGAGGGAUGCAGCGCCUGUCCCGACCGAAGAGAGAGAGCCAGGUUUACACGGGUUCCCAGUGACACAAGAAAGGUUUACACUUUUCAGCCUGUUUAAAAAAAAAAAAAAAAAAUCCCUACAAGUCAACAUGUCUCAUCGGGGGCCUUUAACUGCUGUCAUAACAACAAUACUUGGGGCAGCCUUAGGAGGGCUGCUCAUAUGGCGAGUUUACCGAACAAAAAGGAAGAGGCUGCCUUCCAUCCAGAAGGCGGCUGAUCCUGCGGAGGCUCCAGGUCCUGUGGAAAAGGAGUACACAGGUGCGGAGUAUCAACACAUCCAACCGCAAAACCUCCUAGAGAAGGAAUUCAAGGCUGUGGAGUGUCAGACCACACAUGUGCCCCCUCCUGUACAGAUACCUUCUUCUGAACAGCUGCUGGGGGUGAAACCGGUUAUGGUGAGCUCUGAAGAGGAAUGGCAGCAGCUGUGGCCGCUGAUGCAAAAGGAGCUGUCAGUCUUCCCUGUGCUGGGGCUUGACUGUGAAUGGGUAAAGACCAAAGGCGUCUCGGUGAAGGGCCAAGCCUCCGCGGUCUCCCUGUUACAGAUGGCCUCAUAUUCAGGUCUGUGUGUCCUGGUGAGGCUGCUGCCGUUCCGCAGCGGUCAGCAGCCCUUCCCGCUCAGCUUAAUGGAAGUCCUCCGAGACCCCCACAUUUUGAAAGUUGGCGUCGGUUGCUAUGAAGAUGGCAGGCGCCUGACACGUGACUACGGUCUGUCCCUGACGUGUACCGUCGACCUGCGUUAUCUUGCCUUAAGACAAAGGCAAGCCGCAGUGAAUAAUGGCCUUAGCCUGAAGUCCCUGGCAGCAGAUCUGUUGAAUGUAUCUCUAGAUAAAUCUCUGGAGCUGCGCUGCAGUGACUGGGAAGCAGAUCAACUGACGCUGGAGCAGAUGACUUAUGCUGCCAGAGAUGCCCAAGUUUCGAUUGCUCUCUUCCUCCACCUCCUCGGCCUCCACUCUGAAGCCGGACCCGCCUCUUCCAGCGGGAGCUCCUACUCCGAGUUGGCUGCCCGCUGCCAGGGCCUGGUGGACGUGCCCUUCAGGGGCCGAGGAGACGGAGAGGACAGGGCCGCCGAUGGAGAGAGGAGGCGGAGGACCCGUAAAUCACCCGUUCAUGAAAGUCCAGAGUCUGGAGAUCAGCAAGUCCCAGACCCUCGAAAGAAUAACAAGAGGAAACCUCUGGGUGUGGGCUAUUCCGCCAGGAAGUCUCCCCUCUAUGAUAACUGCUUCCUCCAUGCACCCGACGGCCAGCCUCUGUGUACCUGCGACAAGAAGAAAGCCAAAUGGUACCUAGAUAAAGGAAUAGGAGUGCUUCAGAGUGAAGAUCCUUUUGUUGUGAGGUUGCUGUUCGAGCCAUCGGGGCGUCCCGACUCCCAACAGGACUACUAUCUCACUGCGAAGGAGAACCUCUGUGUGGUCUGCGGCAAAGCGGAUUCAUACAUCAGGAAAAAUAUCGUGCCACAUGAGUACAGGCGACAUUUUCCCACCGAGAUGAAGGACCACAACUCCCACGACAUCCUGCUGCUCUGCACCAGCUGCCACGCUGCCUCCAACGUGCACGACAGCCUCCUGAAGCAGCAUCUGGCCGAAGAGUUCGCCGCCCCCCAGGGUUGCGAGGAGGGGGUUCGUCUGCUGGAGGACUCGGACCGACGGCGGGUGCGCUCGGCAGCCCGGGCUCUGCUCACUGCCGCGGACGGACUUCCCGAGCAGCGGCGAGAGGAGCUGGAGGUUUUGAUCAAGAGUUUCCUAAACGUGAGCGAGAGGCAGGAGCUGACAAACGAGGCUCUGCAGCAGGCUGCUGGUCUGGAGACGAGGAUAUUCAACGAGGCGUACGUGCCCCACGGCCUGAAGGUGGUGCGAGCUCACGCGGACCAGGGCCUGCGGGGCCUGAUGGACCUGGAGCAUCGCUGGAGGCAGCAUUUCCUGGCCACCAUGCGACCUCGCCACCUCCCUCCUCUCUGGUCCAUCGACCACAACCACAGCAAGUUGCUCCGCAAAUACGGAGAGGACCUGCCCAUCAAGCUCAACUGACUGUCAGCCUCCACAGAGCAGCCACAGAGCGGGAAAGGAAACUUGAUUUUCUCCCGUCUGCUGGUCAAAGCGCUGGAUUUGAAACUUCCACAGCCACUUGGUCAUUUUUACAAGCCAAAUUGCUUCUUUUUUUUUUUUUUUAGUGAGCGGAUGAAUGCACCAAAUGUUACCAGCAUGUGGCGGCGUCAGGGUCCCCCCCCCGCGAUGAGUGUGAGGGAAUGCACCUGAUCUGUGAUGGACGGCGGACGCAUCGCUCUUUUGUUUGGUGAUAGUUUACCCGAGAAACCGGUGAGAUGCUGCUAGGUUGCUAUGUGGACCCUGAAUGAACUUAAGCAGAGACUGUUUCUGUGGAGAGGAAAACCAGCACCGAAUCUGAAAAACAAUGACUCUGCAACAGUAGGAUGGAUGUUCUAUAAAUGCAUAUGGACACUUUUUUAUUAUUAAAAAAUGUAUAAAUAUUUAUGAAAAGGGUUAAGAUAUUGAAAUGUAUGAAUUGAUUUUUAGAAAAAGCUGCGGCCUGCUCUUACUGUCCCCUUAAAUUCGAUUUAACAACCCCACCUCCCCUGCAGGUUAGCAGCUUAUUACCUCCAUCAGUCCGAGAAUAAUUGAUUUGCUUUGUAGAGAGAGGGUCGUUUUAAUUCGACCUUAAAUUAUAUGGCGCUCCACCCUGCUUUUUGUUUCAGUCUGUUGUCUGUUCUAAGUCAAUAGCUGAAAGAUGAGUUUCCCAGAGGCAACUUGAAAUCAAAUUUAAUCUUUGGCCAUUUUGCUUUUUAAAAGAUGAGUUCGGUCUCAAGGUGCCUUUAGGUCUAAACGUGUUCCGUUGUUUUUUUUGUUUUGUUUUUUUCUGCAGGGGGGAGAUGAAUGGUAGCAGGGUAAAGUUGGCCCUUUUUGGUUGAUCAUUUAAACAUGUGAUGUUUAUGUCCUGCAGCUGAUUCUCCCAACGGUUGGGAAAUCCCCAUGGCUCAUGUUUUAAUGUGCCUCUUAAUCCCCAAACCUGGCCGGAGACUUGUCACAGCGUCAGGACAUGACCUCGUUUCAGUCUUGAGCAGUUUCACUACGACGUCUUCUCACAGAACCCAAACUGCACAGUGAAGAAAAGGUGCCAACAUAGAUGUGAAUAUGAAAAUUAACUCACCCUCCCCCCUUUUUUGAGUGUAAUCAAUUUAUUGACAAUAUACGAAACUGUAAAUUAUGAAAACAGCUGCUUUGUCAUUAUUCAUAUCUUCCUGGAUUUAAGCCCUUAAGCCUUUGUUUUUCCUAAAUUGUGAAUGUUAAAAGUAUGCAUUAAUAAAAUUCAUGUUUGUAUUAA